AUAAUCCAAGGCUUAUAAAGGGACGAACUCGAGAGGAAGCGUUGGUCAGACGCAUCCAACAUUACGAAGCCUUGCUCCGCCAAUCAGGCGUCGAAAUUUCUACGCUUUCAGCAGAUCCGUCCAGUGUCACUCAGAAAGCGUCAAGUUCUACAUCUGAAUUGGGCGGACCCAAUAUCUCACAUCCAUCGUCUGUCGAGACUAGUGGGGAGCCCGAGAACCAAUAUCGCAAGUCGCAGCUUGUUCACAGACAUGGUGAAUCAAAAUAUCUUGACAAUGACUUAUGGUCAAGAGUGAUUGAAGAGGUUCCAGAUGUAGACAAUAACCUCGACUACCUCUCAAGUGAAGACGGUGACCAAGUCGACAUCCCUGAGGACAAUGCAGACUUCAUGUUCGGAUUCAUGCCCAGAGGCUCUCGCUCUAGAGUGCUCCAACCAUCGGUUGACCAUGUUCCCGAGUUAUGUCGAGUGUUUCGAGAGAAUGUGAAUCCCCUAAACAAGAUUGUACAUGAACCGACAUUGGACCUGUGGGCAGCAGAGGUCAUCCGUAAUCCUGACAACAUCCCUGUGAAGCUUGAAGCAGUCAUGUUUUCCAUCUACACUCUCGCCGUCUUAUCGCUGAGCGAAGCUGCUUGUCAGGAGAAUUUCAAUGAGCAACGCAAGGUGCUGUUGACGCGAUACAGAUUUGCAACCAAGGACGCUCUGUCUCGGGCCAAGGUUCUCAGCACGGGAGAUAUCGUCGUCCUUCAAGCAUAUGUGCUCCACCUCCUGGCAAUGCGCAACGUUUAUAAUGCUCACAUGUCUUGGACCUUGAUGGGCCUUGCUCAGCGACUUGCGGAAGGCAUGGGACUGCACCGCGAUGGCACCUACCUGGGGUUGUCGCCUUUCGAGACGGAAAUGAGGCGUCGUCUUUGGUGGAUGAUGCGAAUGUUCGAUUCCCACAUGGCGGAGCUGGCUGGACAUGCCAAAUUCAAACCCAUAAUAAUGGAUCCACAGAUGCCUCAUCGGCCGUCCAAAGUCAAUGAUGAUCAGAUCUGUCCAGAGAUGACGACUUUCCCAGUCGAGCCUGAUAGCGCGACAGAUAUGUGCUUCUGCGCUCUUCAAAGCGAGUUCGGGUAUUUUGCAGCCACACAUACCGCGGGCAUGCGCCGUCAGCAAGGUGCUGCUGCUUCGCUGUGGGACAAUUACGCCUCCACAGACGAAAUUGCUGAAAAGGAUCGGGCAAUUGAUGAGUUGGAACAAAUCUUGGAACACAAAUACGUUCGCCACUGUGAUCCAACGCAGCCAAUUCAGCUCAUGACGUUUCUGCUCGCUCGUAACGCAGUGAAUAACCUCCACUUCAUUACCCACCACCCUCGGCGUUGGAAAGGAGACACCGAGCUUCCUCAAUCGGAACGUCGCUACGUGCUGACUUUAGCCAUUCGUUUGAUGGAAAGCGAGGUCGCCGUGAGGGCCAACCGACAGUUUCGGGCUUUUGCCUGGUACACCGCGUCGUACUUUCCAUGGGCGCAGGCUAUCCACAUACUCGAAAGUCUCCGCUCAGAGCCGCUUCUGCCAGAGGCUGAAAAGGCCUGGCGACUAAUUGGGGAGGCGUUUGAAUAUCGGCCGGAACUCAUUCUGGACAAGAAGCCCGUCAGCGUGGCGCUGGGGAAUCUGUGCCUCAAGGCGUAUCAUGCUCGAGAAGUUGCAUUGUCGCAACAGGGCGCAGUGACGAUAAAGCCCCCGUCCUACAUCACCACACUGCGUGCCCAGCGACAGGCUGCUUUAAAUCGGGAUCAAGCUCGCGAACUUGAGAAGCCACCGGAUGUCGGUGUCAAUGGCAGGCGACCGGAUCAAACCCACUCAAUUCCCCGUAAUACGGCCUGGGAUUCCUCUGUCGGUCAGAUUGACUUUAGAGAUGGAGUCCUCGUCGCAGAAAACACAGAGAUUUCCAUGGAAGCAGGUAAACAAGCUUUGCAGACGUCUUUCGCAAAUCCUGAUCUCCCUAUUGGCACAAGGGAGGGGCUUUGGAUUCCCCAGGCCAGCAGAGAGGAGUGGACGCCAUCAAUCUCAUUCGCAUUGGACACCAUCGUCCCCAGUGAUGGUGAUCCAUUAUUCGGACAAGGGGGUAACUUGCUGGAUGGUGCACAGUCUAUAGAUUGGAAUCAGUGGGAUCACCUUCUGCGCGACUGGAGUGGUACCUUCUAUGGUCAAAAUUGAUACCACGUGACCCCACUGGAUGGGUUACCUAAUAUUUAGCACGAGGUGGCCGAUGCACGUGUGGAAGGCGUCCCAGGCACUUUCAGGCACCCCAGGGCAAACUUGGGGGCCAGAAGAACGAAUCGGCAAUCGCAUCGCAAGGCAAAGACCAUCUGACUUAUCGGUUCAAGAUACCACGUACUCCGUACAUUAGCUUGCUAUAGAAAAUAUCACUACCACCGGAUCAUUUUGAGACUUGGCUGAUGGCCG